UCCAUUGGAGAACUAAUUUGCCAACUGAAAAGUGAGCUGAACAGUGUUUUCCUUAGGGAAUCUGUUUUUUAUCAACUUUCUCAUAAUACUGAGGUUCCAUUCCAAACCACUGAGUAAAGAGGGACUAAAUACACGGCACGCCUUUGAAACCACUCCUCUUACUGGAAUGUUGCAAAACCUGACUACCACUUCCUCUUCCCUCUCAGAGAGUCUCUUUAAUAUUUUCAUUGUGUUGUACAUUCAAGUUUAGUGUGAAGUGAAAUGGCGCUGCAGCUAGUCCAGAAAAAACUCUGCUGUUUUAUCUGUCUGGACCUACUAAACGAUCCCGUGACUAUUCCCUGUGGGCACAGCUACUGCAUGAGCUGUAUUAAAAGCCGCUGGGAUGAAGAGGAUCCAAAGAAAAUCUACAGCUGCCCUCAGUGUAGUCAGACCUUCACACCGGUACCUGUCCUGGUGAAAAGUGCCACUUUUGCUGAUUUAGUGGAAGAGCUGAAGAAGACAAGACUUCAAGCUGCUCUUGUUGAUCACUGCUAUGCCACACCGGGAGAUGUUGCCUGUGAUUUCUGCACUGGGAGAAAGCUGAAAGCCCUCAAGUCCUGUCUGGUGUGUCGGGUCUCUUAUUGUGAACUCCACCUUCAGCCUCACUAUGAAUCCCCUGCCUUUGAGAAACACAAGCUGAUCAAACCCUCCGAAAAUCUGCAGGAGAAAUUUUGCUCUCGUCAUGAUGAGGUGAUGAAGAUUUUCUGCCGCAACGACCAGCAGAUAAUAUGUAUUUUGUGCGCCAUGGAUGACCAUAAAGACCACGACACAGUCUCAGCUGCAGUAGAAAGGAACGAGAAGCAGAGGGAGAUUGGAAUGAUUCGGCAAAAAAUCCAGCGCAGAAUCCAGGACACAGAGAAAGAUGUGAAGGUGCUACAGCAGGAGAUAGAGGCUAUCAAUCGCUCUGCUGAUAAAGCAGUGAAGGACAGUGAGAAGAUUUUCACUGAGCUUGUCAGUCUCAUAGAGAAAAGAAGCUCUGUUGUGAAGGAACAAAUCCGAUCCCAGCAGAAGACCGAAGUUAGUCGGGCCACAGAGCUUGAGGAGAAGCUGGAGGAGGAGACUGCUGAGCUGAGAAGGAAGGACACUGAGCUGGAGCGCCUCUCACAAACUGAUGACAUCCAGUUCCUUCUGAAUUACCCUUUGCAGUCACAUCUCAGUGAAUCUACAGACUCACCCAGUUUAAAUAUCCAGCCUCUGCAAUACUUUGAAGACGUGAUAGCAGCUUUGUUAGAGGCCCGAGAAAAACUACAGGACAUUUUCAACAAGGAAUGGCUGAAGAUCUCACUAAAAGUGACUGAAGUAGAUGUUUUACUGCCACAACCAGAGCCCAAGACCAGAGAUGAAUUCUUACAAUAUUCCCGUCAAAUCACUCUGGAUCCCAACACAGUUAACAUCUGGCUGUCAUUAUCUGGAGGCAACAGAAAAGCAACAGUAAGGAGAGAAAAGCAAUUAUAUUCCAGUCACCCAGAUAGAUUCACUGACUGGCUUCAGGUCCUCAGUAGAGAGAGUCUGACUGGACGUUCUUACUGGGAGGUGGAGAGAAGCAGCGGAGGGGUUUCAGUAGCUGUUGCAUACAAGGACAUCAGCAGAACAGGGAAUGAAAGUGGAUUUGGAAACAAUGACAUGUCUUGGGCACUAGGAUGUUUUGACAUUACUUAUUAUUUCAGACAUAACAAUAUCAGAACUUCACUCUCAGGCCCUCAGUCCUCCAGAAUAGGAGUGUACCUGGAUUACAAGGCAGGAACUCUGUCUUUCUAUAGCAUCUCUGAAACCAUGACUCUCCUUCACAAAGUCCAGACCACAUUCACUCAGCCGCUCUAUGCUGGAUUUGGGGUUUAUUGGGUUGGAGACACUGCUAAGUUGGGUGAGCUAAAGUAGACAGGGGCAAUUAAAAGAGACAAUAGGUCAGAUUCUGUUUUUCAGUUGUUUAAUAAGUUUGUCUUCUUUGCUGUGAUUAUACAACACUUCCUGAAGAUCAUCUGUUAAUCUCACAAAUUAGCUGGAUUGUAAUGUCUUCUCUCUUUAAAAGUUUGGUAAUGCAGUUUGAGUUACACCUAGUUCUCAUUCUUUUCUUUCACACAAACAGAAAACUUGUGGAUCACGUUUUGUGCUGCAAAGGAUUUUCAGCAGAAACCACCAAGUGUUUAUUAGCAGCAAACUGAGUCACUUCUGAUUGUUUCAUGUUUACGUGUUCUCUAAUAUGUUUUGCUCUCUCCUGGUUUUGUUCUGAUUACUUAUUAAAUCACUUAAAAACGUAACAGGAUACUGCAAAUGCAUGACUGAAGUUAAUGUGGAUGUGUAGAUGAAAAGCAUAUAAAGUCUAUAACAUGCUGCACUGAGGCUUUUGUCAGCAAAUAUGUUAUGAGAGUUUACAGAAAUGUUUUAAACCUGAGGUGCAGAAGUAAUAUUCACUUGCAGUUCUUCUCUAUGCUGCAUGUUUCAGCAGAGCAUCCCACAUGGUUCUUCUAUUAAGUAAUAGGAAUUUACAGUACACAUGUAGUGUACCAUAUGCACUUACACAUGUUCAGUAUAAACACACACACAACACCAUCUUGUGCAAAAAAA